AAGCGCGUACAAUAAUCCCUCAGUUGCACUUCCAAGGACAGCAGUGUAACAUCCAGGCUUCAGAGUGGUCACCAUGAGACUGGUACUUCCUAACCCUGGACUGGAAGACCGGAUCUUCAGCCAUGAAGAUCUGGAGAGGAUGGAAAAGGAGAAGACUGCGGACAGACCUAAGUGGGACAACAAAGCCCAGUACAUAUUAACUUGUGUGGGUUACUGCGUUGGGAUUGGCAAUGUGUGGCGGUUUCCUUACUUGUGUCAAAGUCAUGGAGGAGGUGCCUUUCUGAUCCCCUACCUGAUCCUGUUGAUAUUUGAAGGAAUGCCUCUCCUGCUACUAGAGUUUGCCAUCGGCCAGCGUCACAGGAAAGGCAGUGUGGGGGUUUGGAAGGCCAUCAACCCUUACCUGACUGGUUUUGGUAUCGCCUCCAUGCUGGUGUCUUUACUAAUUCUAAUGUACUACAAUACCUUAAUAGCCUGGAUAAUUUGGUAUUUCUUCAACUCCUUUCAAGACCCUCUGCCUUGGACCCAGUGUCCUCUCAAUGAAAAUAGAACAGAAUUUGUAUCAGAGUGUCAACGCAGCACCACUGUGGAUUAUUACUUUUACCGAGUGACCCUGAACAGCACACCCUCCAUAGCUGACUCUGGAGGACUCCAGUGGCAGAUAGUGCUGUGUCUGUUAGCUGCCUGGGCAGUCCUCUGUAUCUGCUAUAUACGGGGGAUCGGUUCUUCAGGAAAGACAGUGUACGUCACAGCCGUCCUGCCUUACAUAGUGCUGGCCAUCUUCCUGAUCCGAGGACUGACUCUCAAAGGCUCAGUGACUGGACUACAAUAUCUCUUCACACCAGAUGUAUGUUUCACAUUUUGAUCGCCCAAAGCAAUUUGCAAAUGUCCUAAUACUGAGUCACAUCACACUCUAUGUCUUGAUCCUGCAGGUGGACGAAUUGAUGAAUCCACAAACUUGGCUGGAUGCAAAUUCCCAGGUCUUUUACGCCUUUGGCAUAGCAUGGGGUUCACUCAUCUCCUUCUCAAGUUACAAUCCUGUCCAGUAAGGUUCAUUUUAAAGUGUUUUUUAACCACGCAACAGCUUAGCUAAAGUUUAACUGUCAGACAUGGUGGGUUCUCAAUCUGUAUUCUUUCUUUCUCCAAGCAACAACUGCCCACGAGACGCUGUGAUGCUAUCCAUUAUAACUGGCCUUACCUCAAUCUAUGCUGCUGUAGUCACCUAUACCAUCAUUGGCUUCAGGGCCACUGAGAACUAUGAAAACUGUAUGAGUGAGUGAGUAUUCACAAAACAUGGGACUUUAGUGUUUUUUAACAGAACAUUCACAGAUCACUGCUUAAUUCAUACUUAUUUCAUCAACAGUUUCAAUUUCCUAGCUAUGUGCAUAUCAAACAACAAAAUACUAACUGGAUUUGUGAUGCUCACGCCAUAUUUACCAAUACUCCCCAUAUUUACUCCCAAGAAACAUCAUGACAUUAGUGAAUGCAUUUCAUCUUCCUGAGGACAGCAUCACUACAAGCAACUAUGAUGCAGCCUUGAAUCACCUGAACAGCUCCUCUCCUGAUAUCAUUCUUGGACUGAACAUCAAAGUCUGUGACAUGCAGACACUUCUCAGUGAGGUGAUAAUCUUGAUGAACAUCCAUCAGAUCUCCAUGUUAUUAUCUUUUUUUUUUACUCUAAUGUGCACUGUGUUUUCCAGGGAGUGGAGGGAACA